UGUGUAGCAAUGUACGACCUCUUCUCUUUUGUGUUUGUGCUGAUUUGGUCUCCAAGAUGUGUGGGGAACUGGGAGAAAGUAAGUUUAUUAUAUUAAUUGCGAGAGCUACUAUACUGGACUCAUUCUGAAACAACCGAGCAAUAGAUUGUGCAGUAAUUAACAACAAAUCUACGCUACAUACCACAAUGCGUGUGACUGUCAACCGCCCAGAGAACGAUGUACCACUUGAAUUCGAAUUGCCAGCCGAUUCAAGUGUAUUUGCAUUAAAAGAUGAGAUCAACAAGCACUCUGGGGUUCCCAAGGAGGUGCAGCACUUGAACUACCAGGGCCGUGAACUGAAGAACAAACAGCAAUUACAGUAUGUGCUCAGCCACCUCGUCACUGCCCAGCCUGGAGCGGUCAGCACAGCAACUUCCGAAGAGAACUCGCAAUCCGGCAAAGAUUUCAUGAACAUAGCAAGCGACAACCUAGCUCUGGAUCUAACCUACGAAUUGUCUGGGUCAUCCUGUGUCGAAUGCUGUGGAAUGUUCUGCGUACUGAAGCCAUUCCAGUGCUACUUCCGAACGUUAUGCUGUAAUUCAGGUUGUGAUCUGAGGUUCAACGAGUGCCAGUACUUCUGCUGGAAGUGUAUCUUCUGCCCGUCAGAUGCCCAGAAACAUGAAGCUUAAAUGGGAAGGGGAGAGCCACGUCAGAUUGGUAGACAACUUUGUCACCACGGCAAUGCGACAGACCAAGAUUUCUGCCGAGGAAGUACCGACGUGUAGAAGCACAUACUGUAUGGUCCGUGCGAUAGAGACAUGAGCUGACACUCAAUGGGUGUUCGUGUGAUGAGUACAUCGAUACAUACAUGCACAAGCGAAUAUAUGAAGACUAUCUUCAUCGCGACAUAGGCGAUUAAGUCAUUAAAUCCAUGUGCAAUUAGUAUUUCAAGGAAGCUCAAUCUGAGCUUAAACUGAAAUCAGCGCGAAGGAAAUCUCCUUCCAUACAUUUUAAUCACACACUUUCCGUAAUACACAACAUAGAGGAGCUGGAUAAGCAGCCCAGAUGGAGACGCAAAGAUACUUGUUUGUAUACCUACACAUUCAUCCACAUAUUCCAAUACUUCGACAUACACAUAAAUAAAUAUAUUUUUAUACACUGUGAAAUGGCACAGUAGCGCUAAGUCGCAUACACUUUCCGCAAUAAACAGCAUAGAGGAGCUGGAUUUGCGACCCAGAUGGAGACACAAAGAUAUGGCGACGGUAUACGAUAAAUGCAAGGCCGGGGAUUUGACCUCGGUCUGGCAUGCAUCGUAUAUGUUCGCCAUGUCUUCGUACUUGCAACUGUGUUGCUUGUUCAGCUGUUCUG